AUGGAAAAAAUAACGACAUUAAUUAACACACCAUACAAUAACAAGGGGCCAUGUUGUGUGUAUUUCGCCCCCUUCGCUGGAGAUCUACUUGUAGGGUUCAUAGGAUAUGGUGAUUUGGAUAACAAAACCUGGAUAAACCGUUACGAUGAAUUAGGCCGUCUGAAGCAAACAAUUCAGUAUAACGAAUCAGGAUACCGUCUUUUUACCCUUCCUUCCCAUAUAGCAGAGAACAACAAUGGGGAUGUUGCUAUUUCAGAUAGAAGUACAGUUGUAGUUACAGACAUUGGAGGUCGACAUCGCUUCUCUUACCAUGGAGGGCCAUUCAAUUUUGGGGUGGUUCAAGGAAUUUGUACUGAUUCACUUUCGCACAUACUAGUGUGUGAUAGUUACAGUAGCUCAGUACAUAUGAUUGAUAAAGACGGUCAUUUUCUAAAAUAUCUUCUAAUGCGACCACCAGGUAUACUGUCACCGAGCAGCCUAACCAUCGAUGUAAACACACAUCUUCUCUGGGUUGGAUCAUCAAGUUUAAACACAGUGCUUGGUUAUAGGUACAUAACCCAAUAUGAUAACACCUACGCUGAACCCUCACUGAGUGCCGUUGUAAGAACAUCUGCUGUACACUCAACAGUACAAACGGGGGAAGAACAUUGCUUUGUAAAUGAACUACUCUAUUUAGAGACACCAGGUCCAUUGCUUCUGAAUGCAAUUAGAGUGGAGGGCAUCUGGUGUUGUUCCCAUUUGUCACUUGUUUCGGCUGAUGAAAUGUGGGUCAGUGAUCAUGAAAAUCUCGUAUUGAUAAACACUAAAGGUGAAGCAAUAUACCAUAUCAAAGAUUUAUUCAGUGAACGAGAAUCCGGAAUACACACAGUUACCAGUGAUGGUGAAUUGAUUUAUAUAAAUAAAGAACAUAACAUAAUGAGACUGUCGACAGUUAUGAAGACAAAAACCAAAUUCAUAACGUUAUCUAACACUGCAUUGAUACCUUUGAGUGUGUAUUGUUCCCCUUUCACUGGAAACCUACUUGUCGGAGUUACAAAAGACAACCCAAGGACAGGAUCUAUUUUGCAUUACAACCGGGAUGGAGAUAAGACGAAAAACAUACAGCACAACAACAGUAGAAAACCGCUUUAUCGUAAACCUGCAUAUAUAACAGAAAACGGUAAUGGGGAUAUCGUGGUGUCUGACUCGGGCCUUAAUAAUAUAGUGGUUACUGACAGGGAAGGAAAUUAUCGUUUUUCAUAUACAAGUCAUCGCUCAUGUUCUUACACAUGGUUUCAUGGAGUAUGUUGUGACGGUCAAUCAAACAUCCUUAUAUGCGCUCCAUACUCGAACUCUGUGCAUGUCAUAGAUAAAAAUGGACACUUUUUAUCACAUUUUUAACUUUCAGGGAUGGGAAGGGCAUACUGUCUGAGUUAUGAUGUCCUCAAUAACCGUCUCUACGCUGGUAUUGACCAUAAUCAACAAACACUGGGUGUUUACAAGUAUAAAUUCAGACAGGAUUCGUUGUUAAAUCCGGAAUCAAUCUCUGGUGAUUUAGCAAAUCCAAUAAAAGCUAUUCAAACAACAGAGGCUAAAGAAAGAAAAGUAGGAAAGAAUAAUCUAUUGUCAUCACCGUAUAGCCCAAUCCUACACAAAUACUUGUCAAUUACUA